AAAAUAUAUAGCUGAACCGCUGAACACUCUUCAAACAUAUUUCCCCUGAUUACUAAGUUAAUAUAUUUUAUUGAGUGUUAGAAUAAGAUUUGUUUAGUGAAAUCUUAUAGUUUGGAAAAGGAAUUGUUUCUUUGUAAAUUUCAUAUCUUAACAGAAGGGUUCACCAUGGUUCUGUGCAAGGCAUAUAUGUUAUUUGUGCUGCUAACUGUUUACGCAGUGGUAUUUUACAAGGGUGCAAAUGCCAAUGAACUGUUGAUGCAAACAUUAUCCAAAGUGUUAUGGCUUGAUAAAAAGUUUGAUAAUUUAGAGACCGAAUUCAUGAAGACCGUUAACGACGUAAACUCGAUUGAUAAAAGAUUGGACAAUAUGGAGAUACAUCUUAAGAACUCGCUGACAGACAUACAGACCCAGUUAUCAGAAGGUUUGAAACGUAAUGCAGAGACACAGCAGGAAUAUGAACCCAAACUAGGUGGCAUAACAAAGAGUAUUCAGUCAACAAUUUCCAACACCGUGACGAAAAUGGUGAAGUCCCAACACGCUGCAAUUAGUACAGCCAUGAAGCGAGAAAAGGUGGCUUUAUUGAGUUUGAAAACUGAAAUUAAAAACCAUAUAAAGGAAAUAGAUGAUGAGUUUCAAAAUGCACAAACCACUUUUGAAGAACGUUUAUCAAAUCAGACCCAAGCUCAGAAAUAUAUGUUUGAAAGACAGUCAGAUGACUUAGGACAUUUUAUCAGUGAUGUGCGAGAACAGCUAAAAGGUAAUUUUAUUGACGCACGCGAAUCACUUGACGAAGCAAUACAUGCAUUCAAGGUUGACAUGAAUAUUACAACAUUGAAUCUAGAGAAGAUCCUCAACGAGAACUUGACAACAGUGCAAAAUGAAGUAAACUUGAGAAUCACAAACCAUGAAAACAAAAUAGUAUCCCUCAACUCAAGAAUGAGCUCAACUGAGGGAAGUUUGCAAACAUGCAAGUCGUUCAGUGAUUCGAUCAGGGCGGAUACCACCACUAUAGAUAGCCGAGUAUCCUCAAUCGAAACAUCGCUUACAGCACAAUGGAGUGACUGGGGAAAGUGGACAAAUUGCGAUACCAGGUGUCAGAGCGGAAAACAGUUUCGUGAACGUGUUUGUGACAAUCCUGUCCCGCAAUACGGCAAAGCCGGUUGUUCCGGAGACGAAAUAGAGGUCCGAGCCUUUGCCGACUGUUCGGAAAUAAGGCAGAACCUUGGCAAAGUGCUUUCUGGCGUCUAUCAUAUCACAACAUGGAAAACAAAUCAAAAUGCGAGUGUGUUCUGUGACAUGGACACCGAUCAGGGAGGUUGGACCGUGUUUCAACAUCGCAUGAAUGGAAAAGUGGAUUUCUACCGCAACUUCUCUUCAUACGAGAAUGGGUUUGGAUCUCUGCAGGGAGAAUUCUGGUUGGGCCUCAAACUGAUAAAUGAGAUGACAUCCCGGACAUCAAAUGAUUUAAGAAUUGACAUCACACGUGGAAAUGGCAGCCCCGCAUAUGUCGUAUUCGCUGAUUUCAGUGUGGGAGCCGGGUCUAAUUAUACCCUACAUGUAGGAGAUAAACGGUCAGAAAGUGGACUGCGUGCGAGAUCUAGGUUUAAUACCUACCACAACGGUUCUGCCUUUUCCACAUUCGACCAUGACAAUGACCGUUCGUUCAGAAAUUGUGCCGCUAAAUAUCGCGGAGGAUGGUGGUACAAUGCUUGCCUCUAUGUUGCGAACCUGAAUGGCCAGUACUACACACCCGGAACUUUUGUCGGCAACCAAACAGCUAUGUUAUUUGAUGGCCCUUACUCGCUUAAAACUAGCAAAAUGAUGUUUAGACCCUAG